GCUAGCUUAAUUUCCUUCUCAAUUGCUUUUUUCUUUUGAAUUGGCAAAUAAUGGGAGGGGUUCGUUGUCUUGGUUUUGUAUUGGUCUUACUAGGGUUAUUGGUAUUUAUUGGGUCAACUGAGGCUCAGCUGGAGGUGGGUUUCUAUUCUAAAAGCUGCCCAAACGCAGAGAUGAUUGUUUAUGACUUCGUUUACGAGCACAUCCCUCAAGUUCCAUCUUUGGCUGCAGCUCUUUUAAGAUUGCACUUCCAUGACUGUUUUGUUAGGGGUUGUGAUGCAUCUGUGCUAUUGAACUCAACAAGCAGUAAUGCUGAAAAGGAUGCUGCACCAAAUCUUACACUCAGAGGGUUUGAUUUUAUUGACAGAGUGAAGAGCCUACUUGAAGCUGAAUGCCCUGGAGUUGUCUCCUGUGCUGAUAUUGUCACUCUUGUUUCAAGAGAUGCCGUAGUAGCCAUUGGAGGUCCAUACUGGAGCGUUCCGACCGGCCGAAGAGACGGGGUAAUAUCAAGGGAUUUGGAGGCAUUGGCCAACAUCCCCUCUCCCUUUAGCAAUCUAUCCAGUCUCACAACUUCUUUCGCUAACCAAGGCCUGGACUUGAAGGAUCUGGUAUUGCUAUCUGGUGGUCACACAAUUGGGUUGGCUCACUGCCAAUUCUUCUCAAAUCGCUUGUACAACUUUACUGGAGUUGGUGAUCAAGACCCAGCUCUAGAUAGCAAAUAUGCUGCCAAUCUCAAGGCCAGGAAAUGCAAAACCCCUAAUGACAAUACAACCCAUGUUGAGAUGGACCCUGGAAGCCGCAACACAUUCGAUCUUAGCUACUAUUCACUCCUGCUUAAGAGACGAGGUCUCUUUGAAUCUGAUGCUGCUUUGACUACUGACUCCACUACAUUGACUUAUAUCAACCAACUCCUCGAAGGUUCGUUGAAUUUCUACGCUGAAUUUGCCGAGGCAAUGGAAAAAAUGGGUCGUGUCAAUGUUAAGACUGGCUUCGAUGGUGAGAUCAGAAAACGGUGUGGCUUGGUGAACAGCUAAGCUUAGUUAAGGACUUGGCUUGACUACGUUUUAACUUUUAAUUAAGCGCAAUAGAUUGUGGUUUGGUUUGUGAAAGGUUUUUAAUA